AGUAGUAGUCUACCAUAUAGCGUCUUUGAAAUAUUUGAGCUGGCAUUCGGCCCAGCCUUCCCUUCUCCGUCCACCGUCAUCUACCAAAAUGGCCGCCAAUCGUUCUCUUACUCUGCCAUAUGAUCCUGAACUUGCCGUCUCCGAUGCUCCUUUGCUAGAGCAAUCCGAUCAAGCAGAGGUUUCUCGGUCCUCGGGUCAAAGUAGACAACGGCCCGUUAAGGUUCUGGCCGGCAUUUUCCUGUCCUCAUUGUUUCUGCUUACCUUAAUCUUGACCCUUUUCCAAGGACAAGAAGAACCUCGCGAUCAAGCUCAAAUGAUCAAUGCCAAUUUAAACAAGUCAUCCCCUUCCUCAUCUGUCUCCCCUUAUUCUCUCAUUCCAGCUUCCAGAGGGGUUCCUCAAGGAGUCUCGGAGAAGACUUUCCGGGGAGUCUCUGAUGCGAAUGAUAUCUAUCCUUGGACCAAUGCUAUGCUAUCUUGGCAAAGAACUUCCUACCAUUUCCAGCCGGAGAAGAACUGGAUGAACGAUCCUAAUGGUCCAUUGUUCCACAUGGGUUGGUACCACCUUUUCUACCAAUACAAUCCGGAUUCAGCUAUUUGGGGAAACAUCACAUGGGGACAUGCGGUUUCAAGGGACCUAAUUCACUGGCUGUAUCUGCCCUUCGCCAUGGUCCCCGAUAGGCCGUUCGAUGUCAACGGUGUAUGGACCGGUUCAGCCACCAUUCUUCCUGGUGGUAAAAUCGUGAUGCUGUACACGGGGGACACUGAUGAUCUGGUGCAGGUGCAAAACCUUGCGUACCCCGCCAACCUAUCUGAUCCUCUCCUCCUUGACUGGAUCAAGUACCCGGGAAACCCGGUCAUGAUCCCCCCACCUGGCAUUGGCAAAAAGGACUUUAGGGACCCCACCACCGCCUGGCUGGCCCCCGAUGGGACCAAGUGGUUGGUUACUCUCGGGUCCAAGAUCAAUAAAACGGGCAUUGCCAUGGUUUAUGAAACCAGCGACUUCAAAGGCUACCGGCUCUUGGAUGGGGUUUUACACGCGGUUCCCCACACGGGCAUGUGGGAGUGCGUGGAUUUCUACCCGGUUUCCACGGCGGGGGAUAAUGGGCUGGAUACAUCGGCUAAUGGGCCUGGCACUAAGCACGUCCUGAAGGCAAGCUUAGACGACAACAAGCACGAUUACUACGCACUGGGCACCUAUGAUCCGAAUAACAAUAAGUGGACCCCUGACGAUCCGGAACUGGAUGUGGGUAUCGGGUUGCGUCUGGACUAUGGCAAGUAUUACGCGUCAAAGACAUUUUACGACCAGAAGAAGAAGAGGAGGAUUUUGUGGGGUUGGAUUGGAGAAACUGAUAGCGAAGCUGCUGACCUCAUGAAAGGAUGGGCAUCGGUUCAGACAAUUCCAAGAACUGUGGUUUUUGACAAGAAGACUGGAACAAAUAUACUUCAAUGGCCGGUUGAAGAAGCGGAGAGCUUGAGAUUUAAUGCUACUGAAUUUGACACCGUCAAGCUGGAACCAGGAUCCAUCGCGCCCCUAAAUAUUGGCUCAGCAACGCAGUUAGACAUCAUUGCUUCAUUUGAAGUGGAUAGGGAGGCAUUGGAGGCGACAGUAGAGGCUGACGUGGGGUACAACUGCACCACAAGUGGUGGCGCUGCCAGCAGGGGAAAGUUGGGACCCUUCGGUCUUCUAGUUCUUGCUGAUGGUUCACUAUCUGAGCUAACCCCCGUCUACUUCUAUAUCUCCAAAAGCACUGAUGGUAGUGCAGAGACUCACUUCUGCUCUGACGAAUCGAGGUCUUCAAAGGCACCUGAUGUUGGGAAACUAGUUUACGGGAGCACGGUUCCUGUUCUUGAUGGUGAAAAAUUGUCGGCGCGGUUACUGGUUGAUCACUCCGUAGUAGAAAGCUUUGCUCAAGGGGGAAGAAGAGUGAUUUCUUCAAGAGUUUAUCCGACCAAGGCAAUCUAUGGAGCAGCGCGACUCUUCCUUUUCAACAAUGCCACAGGGGUGAGUGUCACCGCAUCAGCAAAGAUUUGGCACAUGCAAUCAGCAGACAUUCGAACCUUCCCAGAUUUGUGAAUGCCAUCCAAAUCUCUGGAAAUACAAUUGCUUGUUCACUCGGGUGGUUCCCAAGAUUCGGAAGGAACGAAGGAAGAAGGCCAAGUUCAGAAACCCUUUGUAGCAUAGUGAUUAAAGAGUUCUUGUACCAAAGCGAAAAAAAGAGGGCGACUCGCUACCAUGAAGCAUCUCAGGGUCUGGGAUAUGUCUGAGUUAUAGCAAAUUAUUCAGUCACUGCUUAUUAGUAUCUAUAUACGCGAUGCAGCACUGAUAUUUUUACUUCA